AUGAAACUCCAAGGGCCCAGCUUGUUAGUUGCGGUAUUAGCUUGCUUCCAGAAGAUCUCUGCCUCCCCAGGGAAUGAUUUGUACGAUUACCAGGAUUGCCGGUAUCAGUGUGAACAAAUCAGUUGUGAAAACAAUCCUUAUAAUUUAGUCCAAGACGAAAUUUACCAUGAAUUGAUACAAAAUGGGAAUGUUGAUGAUUAUGAAUGGCACAAUUAUAAUCCCGGCUGGGAAUUCACUCCAAUGCCAUUGCCUUGGUACCUCAAUUUGCUUAAAUGGACUUGUGAAUCAAAUUGCGACUAUCAAUGUCAACAAAUUGUAACUAAAGAAAGAAUACAGGAUAACGAGGAGAUAUUGCAAUUCCAUGGUAAAUGGCCAUUCAACAGAAUUUAUGGUACUCAAGAAUUCAUAUCAGUUUUAUUUUCCUUGGGUAAUUUGAUUGCUCAUUAUUCUGGCUUCAAAAUGAUCAAGAAAAGUAUUAAUCAAAAUAAGAAUACCUCCAGAUCAAUUGUGAACCUGGAGCUAUACAUCCUUGCCAUAAUCAGUGUUAUAACAAUGUUUGCUUGGAUUUUUUCUACGAUAUUCCAUAUAAGAGAUUUCUUAAUAACAGAAAGAUUAGAUUAUUAUUUUGCAGGAUUAACUGUUUUAUCAGGCUUUUACGGAAUUGGGAAUCGUGUUUUCAAGCUUUAUUUACCAAGAAGAGUUUGGUUAAGAAGCUUGUUCACUUUAGCGUGUAUUUCAGCUUAUACUGCACAUGUUUAUCGGUUAGAAACAGACUGGCUGUAUACUUAUAAUAUGAGAGCCAAUAUAACCAUUGGAGUUUUACAAAAUAUCUUAUGGGGAGUAUCCUGUUUUAAAUUAUAUAAUAAGUACUAUGAUUUAGAACACUCGAAUGAAAAAUCCCAAAACUUGACUCAUUUGCAAUUCAUCAAUCCAAAAAGAAUCAUCUUGUAUAGUUUCUAUUCAAGGUCUCCAAAGUUAUACUCUUUAUAUCCUUUAUUAUUAUGUGUGAUUGUUAUUUUCGGUAUGUCUUUAGAAAUCUUAGAUUUCCCCCCGAUAUUUUAUAGUUUAAUCGAUGCUCAUUCGUUAUGGCAUUUAGUUACUAUAUUCCCAGUCUAUUAUGGCUGGUAUGAAUGGAUGAUUUGGGAUCUUAAUGAAAACGUUUGGGACGAUUUACAGAUUUUAAGACAAAAGAAAGAUCAAUAA